UCAUUUAGUUGAUUUCCUGUUAUGGAGAGAGCUCGUUAGCAAUACACGUGAAACCAGCCACAAAUCUCCACAAUGACAACGAUUCGGCCAUUCAGGUGUGAUGACCUGUUCAAGUUCAAUAAUGUAAAUUUGGAUCCACUCACAGAAACUUAUGGCCUGCCAUUUUACAUGCAGUAUCUUGCCCACUGGCCAGAAUAUUUCCAGGUAGCUGAGUCUCCCAAUGGUCAGAUAAUGGGUUACAUCAUGGGAAAGGCAGAAGGUGGUGGAGAACUGUGGCAUGGUCAUGUGACGGCUCUAACCAUAGCUCCGGAGUACAGGCGCCUCGGUCUGGCCGGCAAACUCAUGAACAUACUGGAGGAAAUCUCAGAAAAGAAACACUGCUACUUCGUCGACCUCUUUGUGCGGGUGUCUAACAAGGUCGCCGUAGAGAUGUACAACAAGCUUGGUUAUGCUGUGUACCGCAGGGUCAUCGAGUACUAUUCGGGCGAAGUGGACGAAGAUGCUUUUGAUAUGAGGAAAGCCCUGUCGCGGGACAUAGAGAAGAAGUCCAUGGUUCCUAUACCACAUCCUGUAAGACCUGAGGAGUUGGAUUGAACUUAAGCCAGACGAAUUACCAUGGAGACAUGUUUUGGUUUACCUUGGUGCUGUUAGCGUCCUGUUUCCUUGCUCUCCUCUUUAUGACCGCGCUGAUGAAGCUGCUGUCUCUUGGUGCUCAACACUACCUCCCAACCUCUCACCACAGGGACGGGGACUUGUGAGGCACUAGGAUUUUUGCUAAUUCACCCCUGAAGCUUCACAAUGAACUAUUCCAACCUAUGAAUUGGAAGAGUUCAAACGUGUCUCCAGGAGUGAAUGAGUUCAAUCGUCCUUAGAAUCUUAUAUUCUACACCAAGAUCUUCGUUGUAAACAGGAAGUCAAGUGUGCCCAAUACACUAUAAAGCUGACAUCACUGUAUGGGCCUGAUUGGACAAGUAUCUCUGGUUCUACGUCUGGCAACUCGGAAGCGCGCUUUGUUUUGAAAAUGAAGCCAAAAAUAAUUUAAUAAAAAAAAAAAAAAAGAUAGAAA